UCACAAGCCAAGAGGGAGCAGGAGACGAGACUAAACCAUGAGAGAGAACCUCGGCAGCAUGUCGUCACAAAGCAUGGCUCUUACUGACAGCAUGAAACCCAGUGACCUGUCUGCAGACAAAAAGGGGAUAAAGAGGAAAAACUGGAGAAACAGAUUAAGACUCAUGUGGAAAAAUUCUUCCAAGUCAAUUCUGCUUCCAAAGAAAAAUAGGUCAUACAGGCCAAGUGUUGAUGACGUGAACCAAUGGGCACAGUCACUUGACAAACUACUCAGCCAUAAAUAUGGGAAAGCUGCCUUCUGUAUCUUUUUGAAGUCCGAGUUCUGUGAGGAGAACAUAGAGUUUUGGACGGCGUGUGAGGACUUCAAGACCCUCACGUCACCAAAAGAUCUGGUGUCCAAGGCCAACACCAUCUACGAGGAGUUCAUUAGAAGCGAAGCUCCAAAGGAGAUAAACCUGGAUUUCAACACAAAAAAUGCCAUCGAGCAGAGUUUAAAUGCACCCACAGCCACGAGCUUCCUGGCAGCUCAGAAGAAAGUCUACAGCUUGAUGGAGAACAACUCCUACCCCAGGUUUAUCCACUCAGAGCUCUACAAGGAACUGUGUGCGGUUGCCAGUGGAAAGAGCAAGGUCAUAAAGUACUAGUCAAACUACGCACCCACUUCUGAAGUCAUUUGUUUACCGCUGUGGCUGUGAGUUGAGUGCGGAUGAUGUUAAUUUCAGGAGCUGCAUCAGGAUACCAGACCUGAAUGCAAAUUGCGAGCAUAAAGAGCAGCGGUGAAUGUGGAAAAUGCAAAGUAAAAGUUCUUUUUAGACUGUCCUGCUGAUUGAAAUCAACAAGGAAGCCGGGAGGUUGAUAUGAAUACGCUGUAGGAAGUGUGCAGAGCCUUUUUUAAAAGAUGGGAUUAUGGUCACAUUUUCAUUACCGGGUUUUUGCCCACAUUUGUUUUGACGCACCAUUACAAUGUUUUGGUAUUUCAGGUUUUAUGCAACGACACACUUUGAAAUGAAUAAUGCAGAGCUGCUGCAUCAGAACUGGGAAGUUAAAACAAUGAACCGUGCAUCUCUGCUCUUAUGAAACCGACAGUGCUGCAAGAAUGUAUGUUUUGGUCAAAAUCCACUGCAAGACUCUUUAUAGGAGUCUUACACUUUCCAUGUAAUCUAUGUUUUUUUUUUAUUCUGCUGCAUUUGCACUUGUUUACACAAGAUGUACAAGUUUAAUAUGUAUAAUAAUGUCUACUAUUUUCACUGCAAAUGACUGUGAGAUUGUAAAUACUGGGACUUUGCACUACAUAUUUCAUGUAUAUAUAAGCUUUGGGCAGCUGGCCUGCCUGUGAAAUAAAAUGUGUUUUUCAACGUUGAAA